AUGCUGAAAACAGGAAAAGCUUCAAAUUAAAGCUUCCCCCAAAAGUUGUUUUCAACUUUCCGUAAAAGCUAAAAUAGCUUUUCAAAAAAUUUAUCAAAUAUUAUUUUUUAUUUACAAAUAUUUUUGGGGAUCAGAAAGUAUUUUUUGACGUUACAAAAGCUUUCCAGUCAUUUUCUUCAGUGACUUUCUGAGGUAUGGUUCCAAUAAAUAAAUAACAACGAGCCGGCUGCCUCCGCUCCGUCUCGCGUAUUCCACGCCUGGCAGAGGCUGGCUUUGGCUCCAUAACCCAUCUCUGCGCCGACCAAUCCUUCUCUCUCUUACCUUUCCUCCGAUUUCCACCCUCCUCGGUCCUCGCUCUCCCUCUCUCUCAUGGCUCAAGAAGAAGGCCCUCUCCGAGUGUACAUCCUUCCCUUCAUAUGCCCCGGCCACAUGAUCCCCCUCCUCGACUUGGCCACCCUCCUGGCCCUCCGCGGCGUCGCCGUCACCAUCAUCACCACCCCAGCCAACGAGCCCCUUGUCCUCCCCACCCUCCACCGCUCCGCCUCCCUUCCCCACCCCAUCCGUCUCCUCCUCCUCCCCUUCCCCUCCUCCGUCCACCACCUCCUCCCCCAGGACGGCCAAGAAAACCUCGCCUCCAUCUCCUCCUCCAGCUUCCAUGGCCUCUAUGACGCGACCUUCGCUCUCCACCUCCCCCUUCUUGACCUCCUCCGCCCCAGCCCCCCUGAUGCCCUCAUCUCCGACUCCAUCUUCUCAUGGUCCGCCGAUGUUGCCCGAGAACUCGGCAUACCUCGCCUCGUCUUCCAUGGCCCCGGCCUCUUCGCUCUCACAGUCCACGACACCAUCCACCUCCAUUCUCCCCACCUCAGCGUCUCAUCCGAUUCCGAACCCUUCCUCGUCCCCGGCCUCCCACACCGCGUGGAGCUUACCAAGUCCGAGCUCCCGGAGCCCUUCCUCGUUCCGCAGUCACUUGACACGAAGAGAGAUGCCGAGAAGAACAGCUUCGGCAUCAUCGUCAACACCUUCUUCGAUCUCGAGCCAGAAUAUGCUGAGAUCUACAUGAAAGAACCGGGCCGAAGAACAUGGCUAAUCGGCCCGGUGUCCGUCGUUCACAAGGACAAGAACGACCUGAGCAACCGAGGUCGGGAUCCCGACGCGGAUCCCGCCCGGUUGCUAAGCUGGCUGGACGCAAAGCCAGCCAGCUCCGUGUUAUACGUCUGCUUCGGAAGCCUCUGCGAGUUUGGUGAUGAUCAAUUGAAUGAGAUCGGCGCCGGCCUCGAGGCUUCCGGCCACCCAUUCAUAUGGGUGGUGAGGAGGAAUCUGGGUGAGAGCUUCUCACCACGAAUUGAAGAGAUCAAGAGGAGGGUGGGGAUAAGGGGAAUAAUAGUCCAUGGAUGGGCUCCGCAGGUGGCGGUACUGGGCCACCCAGCGGUCGGAGGAUUCAUGACUCAUUGCGGGUGGAACUCGACGCUGGAGGCGGUGUGUGCAGGGGUGGCGAUGGUUGCAUGGCCGCUGUUCUACGAGCAGUACAUAAAUCAGAGGCUAAUCACGGAUGUGCUCAAGAUCGGGGUGAGGGUGCCGGGGGUGGGAGGGAACAUGUUGCUAAUGGGAUGGAAGAAUGAUGUAGUGAAGGCGGAGGAGGUCGCGAGGGCGCUGGAGAGGGUGAUGGGGAAAGGGGAGGAGGCGGAGGGGAUGCGGAGGAGGGCGAGAGAGUUUGGAAAGAAGGCGAGCGCGGCGAUGGAGGAAGGGGGGUCAUCGCAUGGGGACUUGGACCGGCUGAUAGAUGAGCUGAUGGCAUGCCGGGAGGACAAGGGGAAGAAGCCAGAGGUAGUCUCUAGUGAUGUUUGAUUGGCGAAUCUUUUACAGGUAUGAUGUUCCUAAUUGCAAUUCCUCAAAGAGUCCUGAGUUCUUAGUGAACCAUAGGUUUUUUGAAAAUAACAUAGAGUGCAAUGUUAUGUACUGUUUUUUCAUCAAAAAAAGUUGGAAGUCUUAGGACCCCUAGUUAUUGUUGACGGUUCUGUAGUCCAUCAUUCUUAUUGGUUAUAAGUGACUUUAUUUAUAUGCUAAUAAAUAAUGCUGCUACAUUUUGGA